GCGAGGCUCAAAUGUUGCGCGUUUCGUUUUCACUUCAAGCGUAGAGGCGUAAACAUGCACAAUGUCAUCCUGUCUGGGCAGAUGACGGCUGAAAACAACAGUGCUAGGAAAGAAAACAUUUUUCGAAAUGUGUCAGGAUGGUUGCCAAUCAUAUUUGAAGGAUACUCCGACCGUUACACCCACGAUACUGAUCUCCAUGUCACAAUGCAAAAAUCUUCAAAAUAGUGGUUGACUGAGGCAGUGAGAGGAGCAGUAGAAUGAGUGUUUCGGAGGACGGGGCAGGAGCCACUGUGAGGAUGACUCGCUCGUAAACAGGCACCACAGCGAGCGCUAUCCCCAGCCACUGACUGUGCCACGGUCCAGCUGCCGACAGCAUGCAGAAUAUUCGUCAAGCAGCGACAGACGCCUUCCACCGACUGGGUCUGAAGCAAAGACACCUGGGAUAUGAGGAGUUGGGCGAUGGCUCGUACGGAGAGACUCCCCAAGCUCACUGGUUCCACACCCUCCAGGUGCGGCGGCUGAGGGUGCACAGGGGCCGCAGCAACAGUGACCCGCUCGGGGGCAAGAGCUUCCAGCAGGAGUUCCAGUGGAACACUGGCCUGCAGUUUGGCACGGCCACUUCCUACCUGAACCUGGAGAAACUGGGGGAGGGAACCUACGCAACAGUGUACAAGGGAAUAAGCAGGAUAAAUGGGCACUUGGUGGCUCUGAAAGUGAUCCGUACGAAGACAGAGGAGGGAGUCCCAUUCACCGCCAUCAGAGAGGCUUCUCUUCUGAAAGGAUUAAAGCAUGCCAAUAUAGUGUUACUCCAUGACAUCAUCCACACGCGAGAGUCUCUCACCUUCGUCUUUGAGUAUGUGCAAACAGACUUGGCCCAGUACCUGACCCAGCACCCAGGGGGCCUGAACCCGUAUAACGUGAGGAUCUUUAUGUUCCAGUUAGUGAGGGGUCUGUCUUACAUCCACGGCCAUAGAAUACUCCACCGGGACCUGAAGCCUCAGAACCUCCUCAUCAGCUACCUGGGAGAACUCAAACUAGCAGACUUUGGUUUGGCUCGCUCCAAGUCCAUUCCCUGUCAGACCUACUCCGCAGAGGUCGUGACCUUGUGGUAUCGACCCCCCGACGUCCUGCUGGGCUCCACCGACUACUCAACAGCACUGGACAUUUGGGGGGCUGGGUGCAUUUUCAUUGAGAUGCUGCAGGGGGCGCCAGCGUUUCCUGGAGUGGCCGACGUGUUUGAACAGCUCCAGAAGAUCUGGGCUGUCCUGGGUGUGCCCACAGAGGAGAAUUGGCCAGGGGUGAGCCAACUGCCCAACUAUAAACCAGAAUGGUUCCUGCCCUGCAAACCCAAGCAAUUCCGAGACGUUUGGAAAAGGUUAGCCCAGUUGCCCUAUAAGACAGAGGAUCUGGCCAUGCAGAUGCUGCUGGCCAUCCCUCGAGAGCGCAUCUCGGCCCAGGAUGCACUGCAGCACCCCUACUUCAACACGCUGCCAACCCCACUCCUGCAGCUCAGAGACACUGUGUCUGUGUUUAAGGUGCCUGGCGUCAGACUGGAGGCAGAGGCCAGAGACAUCUUCAGCCCCACCAGACGAAUAAAAUCCUCCCUCGUUCCACUAGCCAAAUGCUGGUGAUGGGACCCUCCUGUACAGACAUGCGCACACCCACACACACACACACACACACACACACACACACACGCACACACGCACGCACGCACGCACGCAAGCG